AUGAAGACAGGAAGAAGACAGGAAGAAAAGAGGCGAGGUGAGGGCGCGGAGGAUAAAAAUUUGAUGGAUCGAGGGCGCGGACGGGGACAAGGGAAACGGGAUCUCUAUUCAACAUGCCUAUCUCGGCCACAGUGCCAACUUGGCCCGACUAGCAUACGCUCCCAUAUUCGAUCGCUGUCCAGCCAAAUUGUGGCCCAGUUCUCCACUCCUCCGCAAGAAGACAAUACGGAUGAGGGCGACGACAGUGAUACCUCCGUUGUUCGCUGUAAAUCCAAGCGAAAGAGGGGUGUAACAGGGAAUCAACCAGGCAGUAAUAAGGCGCGCAGAGGGCAGUUGAGCAAGCGAAUCGUCACCUCCAGUGAUGACGAAUCGGACGACGCAGGAGGUAGCUUGCCGGUCGAGCACGAGUCCGAUGUGGAUGCCGACUUUAUUACCGAUAUGCUCGUCGAUCCCCACACCAACACCCAGGAAAUCAAUAAUCAUCUUACCGUGGUUGCUGAGUCUAGUAGCCUCUCUGAGGUGAAGCCAACAUGA